CAGGGUAUUACAAAUACCGUUGUACAUUUGCUGCACCUAGAUGCUAACUGAAAAUGAAUAAAGACAAACAAAUCGAUGAAGAUGAUGACGACAGCGAGCAGUUCGAAGACUUUAUGGAGAACUUUAACCAACUUGAACUGCUGGAGACGCACAGGCAUUUGAUUCCUGUGGGAACUCAGAGCUGUUGGUCAGGACAGUCUGACGAUGAUGAUGAUGAACAAGAAAGAAGUGAGGAAUGGUAUGAAAUGCAAGAAAAAAAAAUGGAGAAACAUCCAGAGAAGUUGCUACUCUGGGCAGCUGAAAACAAUCGGAGUCUGCUGUUCAAUUACCUGCUUCCUUUUAAACAGCUGAGUACCGUGAAGAGGCUCCUUUCCGAAAAGCUGGCCCCGGUUAACGCUCGCGAUGAAGAUCAGUACACUCCUCUCCAUCGAGCUGCCUACAGCGGGCACUUGGACAUUGCCCACGAGUUGGUGGCCCAAGGGGCGGACAUUCACGCGCAGACGGUGGACGGCUGGACGCCUCUGCACAGCGCCUGUAAGUGGAACAACACAAAGGUGGCCGCCUUCUUACUGCAGCAGGGCGCCGACAUCAACGCGCAGACGAACGGCUUGCUGACGCCACUGCAUAUCGCUGCGGGGAACAAGAACAGUCGAGAGACCCUUGAGCUCUUGCUGAUGAAUCGCUAUGUGAAACCCGACCUGAGAAACAACUUGGAUGAAACAGCCCUGGACAUUGCCAGGAGGACUGAUAUCUAUCACUACCUUUUUGAAAUCGUAGAGGACUGCAUCAAUGCCGUCUCCCCUUAAAAGCUGUGCUGAAGGUCGUGAACGUGAGGCUUGCUGCCUCUUGUUUCUGUUCUGCAUGCUCAUCGGUGGUGGUCUGGCCCUUUGCAAGGAGGUUUUCAUCUAAGACAUUUAGUGUUCUCCUCAGGCAAAAUGUCACUUCUGGCAACUUGUAAUUUGAAGCCCUGGCUCAUAAUUUGAAGCCUCGCUACUUUUACUCAAGGUGUUCACAAAGUCUCAGUAAUUUCAGUGAGUCUCCAGUUAAUUGCUGCAGAUUUGGUGGAGGGGGCUUUGGAAAUUGGUUUGGACCGUCAAAGCAGGAGGGGAAGAUGGAAACAUUUACUUGAUGCAAAAGAAUUCUGGCUUGGUUAUGCAGAGUUUUACAGCUCACUUGAAUUUUAUCCCUCCCCCCCACCAAUCUAACUUUUUGAAACUGCAUGAAAGCUCAGAAUGAAUGUAACUUAUUUGGGUGAUACAAAAAAAAAUGCUUAGUGAUCUCAGUGUAAGACUUAAACUAUAAAAUAAAAUACU